ACCAGCUCCUGUCUAUUUACAGAGACAGCUGAGGAGCUUUCCUUCUUUGUACACUGGGACUUGUCGCUACAGACUCCACCGAGGCUCUCCUCAGCUUCUGUUCUUGGUGUUUGCCUGAGAGAGGGCACAUCUGUGCAUCUGUUAGUGGCUGUGCUGAGGGCUGCAGCGAGCGACAGACUCAGCCUUUUCUGCUCUUUUGGGGGAAACUUUGACUCUGAUUACAGCAGAAGCUCUUUGGAGCUGAUCUGCCACAGUGACAGCCAUGGACCAGUUCAUCUCAGCCUUCCUGAAGGAUCCAUCAGGAAAGAAUCUUCAAAAAUUGGCUGUGGAAUUCCUGCCUCACUACUCUACAUUAAUCAGUAAGGCAGGAGGCAUACUCUCUCCAGAAACUCUCAGCUGUAUUCAAAAAGCCCUCCAGGAAGGAAAACUGAGUGAUAUGGUGAACCAGAUUAAGGAAACCCUGGCUGUGGCAGAAAAAGCUUCCCUGGAGAUUGCUAUCAUUGGGGAGUCUGGGGCUGGCAAGUCCAGCUUCAUAAAUGCCCUGCGAGGGCUGAGCCAUGAAGCAGAGGGCUCAGCUAGUGUCGGGGUUGUGGAGACCACUGUGCAUAGAACCCCCUAUCAACAUCCCAAAUACCCCCAGGUGAUCUUCUGGGACCUGCCUGGGACCGGAACUCCCAAUUUCCGCCCAGACAUUUAUCUAGAAAAAGUGGGAUUUGCUAGCUAUGACUUCUUUAUCAUCAUUUCUUCCUCUCGGUUCAGCCUCAAUGAUGCUGUCCUGGCCCAGAAAAUCAAAGAUGUGGGAAAGAAAUUCUAUUUUGUUAGAACCAAGGUGGACAGUGACUUAUAUAACGAAGAGAAAACUAAACCCAUGACCUUCCAAAAGAAAAGGGUCCUUCAGGAGAUCCGAGACUACUGUCUGGCUAAUCUCAGCCACAUUGGAGUGUCUGAACUACGCGUCUUCUUGAUCUCCAACUUCGAUCUGGCUGACUUUGAUUUCCCAAAGCUGGAGGAAACUUUGCUGAUGGAGCUCCCUGAGCACAAGCGCCAUAGGUUUGCGAUGCUCUUGCCCAAUAUUUCUGAUGCUUCCAUCGAGAUAAAGAAGUGCUUUCUUAAGGAGAAGAUCUGGCUGGAGGCCUUGAAGUCAGCAGCUAUGUCUUUCAUCCCCUUCAUGCCCUUCCUGAUCGGCUUCGAUUUGCCUCAACAAGAACAGUGCUUGAAGGAAUACCGAAACUAUUUUGGCUUGGAUGACAAAUCGAUUGAGGAGAUUGCUGAAAAGUUGGGCAAAUCCAUGGAAGACAUUAGGGGCUGCCUCAAGUGCUUGGAUUUCUGGUCCCUUGUAAAGGAUGACAGCAUACCAGCAAAAGUCAUAAAGGGUACUGAAUCUUUUUGUGCGGUGAAGGGAGGUCCUGUGUCUUCUAUCAUCCAGGGUCUGAAAGUCUACAUUUUACGCUUAAAAUUCCUUGACACGGUGGCUGAUGAUGCGAAGCAUCUCAUGAGGAUGAUAUAAGUAGUAAACACUGCCUAGCUAAACAGUAAAUGAGGAUGAUAUAAGUAGUAAACACUGCCUAGCUAAACAGUAAAUGAGGAUGAUAUAAGUAGUAAACACUGCCUAGCUAAACAGUAAAUGAGGAUGAUAUAAGUAGUAAACACUGCCUAGCUAAACAGUAAAUGAAUUUCAGGGCUUGUGUGUCCAAGUUGGCUUCCUCCAAACUCCCAGGCCAGCUCUUCCCUAAGGUCCACAAAUGUCUGUCCCAUGGAGGAGAUCCAUUGCUUUCCUUUAGAGACCUCUCCCAUGAGUGAAUUGGUUUUGGGCCAUAACCGGUUUUCUGUGUUCAUUGAUUAAUUAUGCUUGAUUUCCAGCAGUAACACACCACCUGCUUUCAACUAGUCUCUGUGCUAAGAGAUAGCCUGUUUCUGAGCCAUUUAUACCAAAACCCAAACCAAACAAAAUCACAAAACAAAAAGCCAAUAAGAAGAUGAGAACUAUGCAUUACCAUUACCCAAUUCUUUCUCAGUUAUCAUCUCAACACCCUCCUCACCACAAUGAAGGAUGGUUUAUAAAUAUGAGAACACUGGUAAAGGCAUAAUAAAAUGCUUGCAGUGGGAAAAUGCAACGCGACCAGGAGGUAGUGACAAGACAAAGCAGUGAAGUAGGGGAUGAAGGGACAUGUGGCUCUGGCAGGCCUUGCCCUUCUCUCCCAUUCCCUCUGCCUUGCUAAAAACUGCUAGAUUACUUUCCUGAUGUCAGCCACCAAAGGUCUAGUCCCUCAUUUGGCCACUUCCUUUGGCUCACCUAAUUAACAUACCCAAUUAAAAUUAAACACCUCAUUCUAACACAGGGGUUUCCAUUUUACCUUUAUAAACUGCCAUUUACCUGUGUUUCCCCAUCCCUGUCCUCCCUGUCCAGAGACGGCUUUUUGUCCCUCCGGGACAGUUGCCCUUCUCCUUUCCCUUGUCCCCUCCCCUUCUCCCUCAUCCCGUAUCUCCUUUACCACCACAUCCUAGCCCAUUCUAACACAGAUCUCUCCUUCUCUCCUUUUUCUACCCUUCAAAAUUGCACUGACAAGGUUGUUCACGGCUGUUUUUCUGCCUGAGUCAGAAAGUAUCCACUUUAACUUUUCUUAAUAAAGGACCUCUGUGAAAACA